GGUGGCACGCGGCGGCAGGCGCGCGUAGCACUUGCGGCAGAUCUGCUUGUCGCAGUUGUACUUCGACGCGAGCACCUUGAGCGACGGCUCAAUGAGACCACCGCGCAGGCUGAGGGGCGGAGUCGCGUCAGUCGCAGCGUUCGGAGCGGCGCAUGUGCGAGACGGUCACGUCGAGGCAGCCGCGUGCCUUUCGCUCUCCAUGUGCGAGGAAAUCGUGUCGCCACACCGCGAGCACAGUGUCGUCUCCAAAGUGUCCGCACCACCCGAGCGCAUGGACGGGCCAUGAGCUAUGCAGCGCAGCGAACAUGCGUGCGCGACACCACCAUGCUGAUCGCGGCGCCUGCGAGGGCCACCUGCCGGGCUGCGGAGCGCACAGUGCGAUGUGCGAGCAUGCAGGUUCCUCUUCCUCGGCCUCGCGCCUGCUGUGCGACGGCGUUCGCGGCGUAGCAUGUCGAGACCUGAUGCCGCCAGCAGUGGGCGACGCGACGGCGGACAGCAACGCUCCGCUCCGCCCAUGUCCGCUGCGUCCUGCUUGCGCUGCUGUGCCUUCCACCAUCGCUGCCGCUACUCGAAGCACCAGAACCGCCGCUCCUCCAUAUGCCAGCGCCGCUAUCCUCUGCCCGAGCACUUCUCCUCUGUCUCGCCGCCUCUCCGUGUCUCCUCUCGAUCGUCGGGACUCACCGGAGCACCAGGUGGAGCGUGGACUCCUUCUGGAUGUUGUAGUCGCUGAGCGUGCGGCCGUCCUCGAGCUGCUUGCCGGCGAAGAUGAGGCGCUGCUGGUCCGGAGGAAUGCCCUCCUUGUCCUGGAUCUUGGCCUUGACGUUGUCGAUCGUGUCCGAGGACUCGACCUCGAGCGUGAUCGUCUUGCCCGUCAGAGUCUUGACGAAGAUCUGCAUCCUGCGCGACCGCGAAGCGUGUCAGCGGACGCGCCUCGAAAUGUGGUCAUACGCAGCGAUGGUGUUCUCUCCUCCCUCUCCCUCCCUAACCCUGUCCGUCCGCUCCAAGCUCCCUCGAGAGGUCGCUCUCUCGCAGCCAGCUCAGCUCGUCCCUCUUCUCUCCUCAUGCCUUUCCUCCUCGAUCCAACGUGCUCUCCCGUCGACGAGGUAGAUGACAACGCCACGACGCCUGUUUCUCCCUGCCCCUUCCUGAGUCGUUCGCGGAGGCGUCCCGCGCCACAGCGCCAGCGCGCGGCAGAUCUUCGCUGCUGCGACGCCUUUGCGCCAGCUCUGCAUGCUCGAGCAGCAGGCGUGCCGUGGCACGUGCACGGCAGGUACGGCGUAGAGGACGAGUGCGGCGGCGUCGCGUGCGGAGCGGUAUACUAACUUGGUGAAGG